UUUUCUUUUCUUCUUUUCAGACGGUGAAUAAACAAUGGAGGAGUCUCAGCAGAAAGGAGACGUGUCUUCGCCCAACAGGACGGAGGAGGAAAGUCCUCCCACGGAAACAGACAGCGACUGCAACCACACCACUGAGGCCGGGUCGCCGGUCGCCAUGGAAACAAACCAGAACCAAGAUCCCGCAGUGACGCUGCAGACACCAAAAGGUGGAACUGUCGUCGUCGAAGGCGGCAACAAAAACCCGGCCAGCGAGAAGCUGGAGAGGGUCCGCAAGUGGAGUGUGAGCAAAUACAAGUGCACCCGGCAGGCGCUGGCGGAGAGGCUCGGCCGCGGCUCCAGGACGGUGGACCUGGACCUGGAGCCUCGUCUGGAGCUGCUCCGGGACGACCGUCAGCGCUACGAUCACAUGACCAAGCUGGCUCAGACGCUGUCCAAUCAGCUGGCUCAGUUCGCCGUCACCCAGAAGUCUCUGGGUGACGUCUUCACCGAGCUGAGUGUCAAAUCCCAGAAGCUCCACGUGGAGUUCAGCCUGAACGCCGAGGCUCAGAAGUUUCUGUCGAAGAGCGGAGACACGCUGACGACGGCMAUCAACUCCUUCACCUCCGACAUGAACACCCUGGUGAACAAAACCAUCGAGGACACCAUGGUCAGCGCCAAACAAUAUGAAGCAGCCAGGAUCGAGUACGACGCGUACCGGGUGGACCUGGAGGAGCUGAACAUGGGGCCCCGGGACACCACCACUGUGCCCAAACUGGAACAGGCCCAGAAAGUCUUCCAGGGCCAGAGGGAGCGGUACCAGAAGGUCCGAGACGACCUGUCCGUCAAAAUCAAGCUGGUGGAGGAGAACAGGGUCAAAGUCCUCCACAACCACCUGCUGCUCCUGCACAGCGCCGUGGCCUCCCACUGCCUGUCCUGUCACAGCUUCCUGCAGCACAACAUGCAGCAGGCGGCCGACAAGCUGCAGCGCUGCACCGUGGACCAGCCGUCCUGGCUGGAGGACAGCUGACAGGUGUGCAGGGACAGCUGUUCGUGGUGAAACGACAGCACAAACACAGGAGUUAUAAAGACAUAGGARCAGUGCAGACAAGCUGAAAUAAAAAGUAAUUUAUUUUUGAUUUGGUUGGAAAAAAUGACUCUAAAAUGUCAUUAAUUGUUUUACCGUACGGUUAUUAUCGUUGGAACAAAACGAGUGUUGUGGAGGAAAUCCAUCUAUUUUUAUUAUUAUUUUUCCUUUUAUUUACAAACUAAACAUUUCUCCUUAUUUCAGCACCAAACUCUAAAAAUGUUUGAAGGUUUUGAAGAGUUUUCUCCAGAACAGCUCAAAACUGAAGCAUCAGAACAUCACCUGCUUUUUGUAUCAAACUGAGWUCAUCUCUUGUGUUAAAAACUAUCUGUUUUUGUUUAAUCUGGAGCAGGUGAUGUGUUAGAGCUCAGAGUUCGUGUUGAGGAUGACUCUCAGCUAYGACCACACUAAGGUUCAGUCUAAUAUCUGGGAAAACGACUGAAUUUGAGCUGUUUUUGUUGAUCAGAAUGGACUCGACUCCUGAAGGGAAUCAGUCAUGGAUAAAGUGAUGAUAAUAAAACGUUURAUCUUUUUAUUAAAACUCUUCAUUUGUCUGGUUUAAGUGCCAAAAAACAUUAUCUUGUGUUAAUUAACCUUGUGAAUCAGGGUUUUUCUUUUGUAUUUAAACGUUACAGGUUUAUAUUGAACCUAACCAGGUUAGUUUUCAAACCCUCCUGUUGGGACCAAAGAUAAAUUAAAGCUUUACGUUGAUGACAUCAUCUUUUUUGUUAACAUCAGGGACGGUUCUUGUUUUAUAUUAAAGCAGCUUCAGUUAAGAGUUUGAGUUUAUUAAAUAUGUUUAAAUUAGCUGCUAAGUUUUUGUUUCUCUUGCAAGUCUUGCAAUUUAUUCAAACCUGUUUUUGUUUCGUAUUUUUGAGAGUAUUUCCUCAUAAAGUUUUAGCCUUUAACUCCUUGUGACCCGUCAYGACCCGAGGAUUAAAUAUAAAUAUCUCUUUAAUAGAAAUAUUUAUAGAAAUAAAAUCCUACAAAAUAUUUUUGAAACAUUUUACCAUGAUUUUGAGCAGAAAAGCCCUAAAUCAUCUGCUUUCUAAUGAAGCUUUUUUUACACUCCAGCCUGUAAAUCCUGACAUCCAAAUACAGUUUGAUGUUUCCUCUUUCAAAUGACGUCAGAAAAUCCUCAUUAAAACACAAUAAAGUCAGGAUUCAGAAACAUUUCCCAGGGUUUAGAGACAGAGUUAAACCUCAGGAUUAUCAGAGUGUAGCUUUAACAAUGAGCUGAGUUUAUUCUGACCAAACCUGACUUAAUCCCUGAUUUGAUGUGAAGGCUUGUAUUUGUGUCCUGAAACUGUGACUGAAAUAAAAAAUAAAUUCUGAUCAAACCGAA